UUCGCGGUUGUUGUCACAGUAGUCACAUCUUUCGAGCUGUUGCUUUGUUGCAUUUUUCUGUGUGCUGGGAGCAUCGGCAAGACUGUGCAUGUAUUUAUUAACGGUGGUAUGACUGAGCGAGACCAAGAGUGUGUGCGUCGAGCGAGCAAGCUGUGAUAAUGCCUGGGCAUUGCUGUGUACCAAAGUGUCGCGGGAACUAUGAUGGUGGAAAAUGUGUGCGCGUGUUCACGUUCCCCUUGGACCCAGCCAGAAAAACUCAGUGGAUCAAAGCCAUUCGUCGUACGGACUUCACACCAGGAAAGCGAUCGGUGGUAUGCGAACGCCACUUCAAACCGUCCGACAUGGUAAACACGACAAGCUACACGGAUACAAGGACCGGCAAAGUAAUUGAUGCAAAGCUGAAGCUGACACGUCUUCGACCUGACGCAGUUCCAAGCCGAAUAUUGCCAAACUGUCCCACUUAUCCUUCUGCCCGUGCUGCAACUGCAUCUCGAGAGGCCUCGGAUGAAAAGAAAACUCGUCGAGAAGCAGCUUUGCUCCAAGAUGCCAUCAACCAGUCCAUUGCGAUGCAUAACGAGGAAGAGCGAAAUAACAAUGUUGAUACUUUUAAGGCACUCUUGAACUGCCUCCCUCGUAUGAAGGCUUCGAAAUUCUGGACAGUUGCUACACAGCAUGACUGUGUACUCUUCCUCAACCUCAUUGUCGACGAUGCACCUGCAAUCAAAAAAUCUGUAAAAAUCACAAAGGACCUUUUUUUAAGCCUGUUCUUUGAAGAUGUCAAGGUGACCAAAAUUGAUGGCAUAGACAUUCCAGAAACAGUGAAUGACAUGCGGUGCUUGACACGUUUUCUGGAAGCUGUUGAGCAAUUGGAUGAGACAUCUUGAAGGUUUAGGACAAGAUGGAGGACAUACUAAAAGCCGUUGUCUCGCUUCUUGAGGGCGCAUUGAAUCAAGAAAUACAAAACAAAGAGCGGUGUGAUGCUUGUAUUUUUCUAAGGAAACAAGUCAUGCUCCCCACUUUUAAGCAUGUCACCCCACUACUCUUCAGACUUUCAGGUAUUUUUGAGUGUUUUACUUACUAUCACUCCUCAUGCCUAUUGUUACUUAACGAACUAAAAAGGUUUGAAAAUGCCUCUUGGGUCAACAAUCAGAAGGGUAUGCUGCUUGCAUUUCUGUUGUGAAUCUGGCAGCUGAACAGCUGGUCAGUUCAUUUCUGCUGUGUGUGAAAGAGCUCGUGACCACAGUGCAGGAUCACGAGAAAUCUGUGAUACUCAUGAUGAAUGAAAUAUAUAUACAACUGUAUUUGGAUUACAAAGGUGGCACAAUUGUCAACGUUGCUAGUAACACUUCAAAUGCAGCCGACAGCACAUGCAUUUAUGAUGCAGAUCCUUCUUUUAUCUCAAGAAAAUGUUUUCACGUUUUGCCAAUUGAUAAAAUAUGUUGAACAGCAUCACAGUGUCCCCCCCCCCCCCCCCCGGACCAUCAUGAAUGAGCUCGAGAAUUUUGCUCUUUGCAUUGUUGCUUUUAUCGCAGACAAUUCUAUAAAUCUCACAAUAAAGUCUUUUUUUGAAACUUCAUUAAAAGCCAGCAGCAGCUCACACCACACCCAUCAGAACCGACACGUCCUCCUUUUUUUGUUAUUGAUCCUGUUCACCUGUUAAAAUAUGUCCAGAACAAUUAGAUUGACCAAAAGAACUAAGGAACGUGCAUGUUUUCUCCUUCUAUUUCGGACCUGCCGAGCAACCAAAAAAUCCUUACUGCAUCACUAACAAGUUCUCCUGAGGUCCUCUGGGAGCAGUGGCGGCUUGUGCUGCUCAGCUCGGAGGUUCAAGACCAAAAAUGGGCUAUCCAGCAGGCCAGGGAGGCUGUACAGAGACAAGGUCUCCCGGUACCUCCUUGUGCGUUCUAGCCCGGACCACAAAGAUGCCGGAUACGGAAAUAAAGUUUAUUCAUCAUCAUUCAAAACCCUCUAUGACCUUCCGGCAAAGGAGCAAAAUAACUUGCAAAAACUGCUCCACUGCUCUCAGUAAGAGCUCUCAACCCUUCCGGCAUGCCAAGCAGCGAUGUUCCGUAAUACGCCAAAGAAUUCCCAUUCAGACACCUGAAAAUUCCCUAUAUUGGGGAUUUUCUCUGCAAACGUUUACGAAAUUCCCAACAUAUUUCCUUCCACGACAGUAAUAAUUUCCGCCCCCAUCCACAUACCCUAUAAUUGCACGUGUCUUGCAUACUGGCAACUUUUGAAAUUAUGACUAGUCCCUCUACUGCCACACUACAAAAGCAUGACUUUAUUAAUUUCAUUUACUGUUAGUACACUGCGCAUUGUGGGCUAUAAGUCUAAUGCCAACAGUGAACUAGAAAUCACUCCGCGUAAUUAUCAAAAACAAAUUCGAAGAGCUGUGCUUGUGGGAUGCAUGUGCCAAAACCGAUUACAGCAGAUCAAGGUGCACUGUGACCACCAAUUAUUGGUCGUCAUAGGAGAAUUAAAACCAUUCCUGAAAUGCCCUACGAUAUCACUAAGAUUCCCUUUCUCCCUCUGGCUCAAAAUGACUGGUGAAAAUUCUCUAAAAAACGGAAAAAUUCUCUGCAUGGAACAUCACUGAAUUGCAGAGGCAGAAUGUUAGACUUGCCCUGAAAGUGUUCAAUCGAUCCAUGACAGCUGCUUUAUGAGCAUAUGCUAAGUGCUAUAACUUGCAGCACGAAAUUGUAACUGCAGACUUCCUAAAGAUCGUUGAAAACUGGUGGAAGAUUAUCAAUGUUGAGUCACUUAGAAAAGGACAGCUGCUUCGUAUGACACUGCAGACUUCAACAUCAUUAUUACUGUGCCGAGUGGAAUGCCUCUGAAGCAUUGUGCAGUGGCGACGCAUGUUGGAGCAGUAGAAGUUCAAUAACGGAAUUCUCUCAUGGGAGAGUCGCAGUGCUUCUCGACUAAGCACAGAGGCAUUGGUUAAGCUUUUCACGCAUUGCCUCGAAGACCUUGGAUUCAACCACGAGCUCCUGAGAAAGUUUGAAAUGGAUUGUUUAGAGAAAAGAUUUCGCAGGUACAACUUUCUGGAUCUGAACAUCAUGUAUGUCUCUAUUAGGCUGGUAUUUGAAUUCGAAUGCAAGCUUCAUCCAAGUGUUCCCUGAAGAUGAUUCAAAGACUCCUCUAAUGAAAACUGACGAGGCGAUUUUGCAGAACUUCCAAUGUACAAGUAAAAUGCUAAGGACUUCAAUACCAAGCCUUCCAGCCAUGACAUAAGUUGCAGGUUACUGUGCCUAUGCAGCUUUAAUAGAUGCUCAUAGAGGGUCUUGAAUGAUGCAGUAAGGACUUUCGCGACUGUGUAACGUGCAUUACUGUUGUUAUAUUUUGUGUUGAAAUAGAAUGCAGAUUGUCUGAAAUGUCCAUCCCUGCAGCUGUUUCUCUGGAAAGUGCGUAGACGCUUUUAAAACAGUAUUUUGCAAUCUACGUUCUGUGAUCUUCUAUUGGUGUGAAGACGCCCACAAACACCAGUUACUGCACGCAAUGACAUUAGUUGUGCUGGUGAAAAUCGAAAAGUAGAACCACAUGUAGUUUUUGAAGGCUGAAUUAAGGGUUAUCUAACAAUCAAACGAUUAUCAUAUCAGUUUAGAGCUUGUAAACUGCCAAAUAAAAUAUUACUGCAUUCUU